ACACACACACACAGUAUUUGUUUGGACUGAUAUGCAGAAGGAGAGAGGGAGACAGUGAAAGGGGGAGGGAAAGCAAUACCCAACCAAAAGAGUAGAAACAGACAGAAUACUGAGCGAGCCUCCGAGUGUGUUCAAAGACAGAGAAGGAGUCAGAUAGGUAUGUGAGUCCUCAGGUAGGUGGACAGCAAAAAAGAAAAAAUUCAAAGUGAGCGAUAGGUUGACACAGAGAAGCCAAAGUGUAUAGGAUCAUGUCUCUGAAUGGGAGGGUGGCUCUGGUGACCGGGGGAGCUCAGGGCAUCGGGAGAGCCGUAGUCCAGUCCCUCCUACAGAGCUCAGCUAAGGUGGCUGUUGUUGACCUGAACAAGACCUGUGGUGACGAGUGCAAGAAACAACUGGACACGGAAUUUGGAGCUGACAGCAGCACUUUUAUUCAGUGUGAUGUUUCCAAUGGUGACUUACUGAGAGAUGCCUUCCAGAGCACCGUCGACCAGUUUGGUCGUCUAGACAUUGUCAUCAACAAUGCUGGAAUCAACAAUGAAAAGAACUGGGAGAAGACCAUUCAAGUGAACUUGACUUCUGUCAUAAAUGGGACUUACCUGGCUCUAGAACAUAUGAGUAAGGAGCAUGGCAAGGAAGGAGGCACAAUCAUCAAUGUUUCUUCUAUGGCAGCCUUCCUGCACUCUCCUCACCAGCCUGUCUACACAGCCACAAAACAUGGAGUCAUUGGUUUUACCAGGGUUAUGGCCGAUGCAUCUUCGCAGAGCGACUACGGCGUGCGUAUCAAUGUGCUGUGUCCUGCCUUUGUCGACACUCCUCUGCUCCACUCAGUAGAACAGGAGGAAAACAUGGGGAAAUUUGUCAAAUUCAAGGAUGAUUUCAAGCGCAGCAUGAACAAGUUUGGAGUUUUACAGCCAUCAAUGAUCGCAGAAGGUAUGAUGAGAUUGAUUAACGACACCAGCCUAAACGGUGCAGUGAUGAAGAUUACAUGCUCCAAAGGAAUCCACUUCCACACUUAUGAACCCAUGUCUGCGUGACCAUUGCAUAAUGGUUUACCCCGUGCUGGAGAGCUGAAGAGAGCAGUGGUACAAAGCUGUAACCUGAAAGACUGGAACAUCACAGUCUGAUAUGUCAGGACAUGUGGUGGGAAUCCUAUCAGUAUAUAACCCACAAAUGUUUGGAUUCUAGUGCACAACGUGGCUUGAACAUUACUUAAAUAUGUCAAUACAAAUAAAGGAACUAAUUUCUAUGACAAAAUUAUAGAAUGAAUGCAGUACUAGCUUUAUUACCAAUGCAACCCUCAGAAAACUAAAAGUGCAAUACAAUGGACCUCCGGCCGCUAUUCCACCACCCAAAAAAACCACAGUGGUCAUAGAAUCUGACAAAAGUAAUACAUUCAAAUGGAAUGCAAAACAGACAAUGAGAAUCAGAUAUUACUUUUGAAUUGUUUUAUCAGAAUUAUUUUGAAAACCAAAUGCAUGAAAUUGGCCUUGGCAAAAAUGAUGACAAAUAUGACUUGAUAAAGUAAUGACUACAAUGAACUUUCAAUGAGACAUACACCUCUGACCGGGUAUUGUGGCCCACUCAUUAUGAGCAAAUUGCGCCAGUUGUGCUAGGUUUGAAGGGUCUUAUAGCAUUUAUCUUUUAGGGUGCUUGUAUAAAUAGUGUUCCCUCGAUUAUUGCGCGGGUUUCGUUCCUGAAAAUGCCCGCAAUACGUGAAAUCCGCGAAGUUGAGGUUGGCUUGGUUGGCUUUUUAUUUAAAAAUUUUCCCUCUAAAACUUGAUACACUUACCGUUUUUUUUUCGUGUAUAAUGCGCCCCCAUGUAUAAUACGCACCCUAAAAAUGGCAUGUUGAUGCUGGAAAAAAGCCUGUACCCAUGUAUAAUACGCACCUAGAUUUUGACUCCUACUUAAGUCCGUGAACGUAAAAUUAUUUCAGAAAAAAGAUCAUCUUUGGAAACAACCGGAUGUUCUGCCGGUCAGUAUCACUGCGCAUGCGCUAGCAUACUCAAUAGCGAAGAAAUGUUUCGGAUUUGUGUAGGGUACAUUGUGACAGCAAACGAGGAGGUGAUCUAGCAAGCGUCUGAUAUGAGAGCAUUGUGUUCGUAUGGUGUGUUUGAAGUGAACAGCAGAGAAGAAAGCACAUCUGUAAUGGCGGCCUCCGUAUGAUAUCCGGAUUUAAAAAAAAUAAAAUAAAAAUUUGAGAAAAAAUAUUUAUUUUUUUUGUACCCAUGUAUAAUGCACACCCCAGAUUUUAGGACAAUAAAUUAGCUAAAUUUUGCGCAUUAUACAUGGAAAAAAACGGUAAUAAUUUUACCAUUUAAAAUGCAAAAUGAAGAAUAAAUAGCGAGCCACAGGCUCUGUGAGGAGUGUCUUCUGCCCGCCGGCAACAGACUAAUACAACGGAACGUUGGCUAAAACUUCAGUUAAAAUCUUUUUAUUUGAUCCUAAAAUGGCUUACCAGAACAACUCCUGCCAUGCAUUUUAGCCAAGGGUACAAUCCUGGUGGAUUAAUGCGACGUUCAACCUUUAAAAUCAAGUUUGAUGGCCAUGCCUGUUCCUCCUCAGCUGCUUCUUAUUGGUCGUCGUUAUCUUCUUGGUUAUCGUCUUCUUUGUCCUUGUUGUUUUCUUCUCUCUUCUUUUAAAACCAGGAAGAAGCACUACUGCUGUGUAUAUAUAUAUAUAUAUACAUAUAUAUAUAUCCAUUAUAGUCAAUCAUGAAGCUUCUGUAAUUAAGUAGUGUCACUACUGUAACUAACUAUUAUUACCUAAGUAAUACUUGCACAAAAACCAUGUGGGAUUGUUUGCAUUUGUGUUUUGACUUAGAAGGAUGUUUGCUGCCAAUUACCACACAUUGAGCAGUGAUAACUGACAUUUGAAUAUACUGUUUGUUGAUGUUGUUUUACCUUAUCCUCAUAUGCAUGUAUGCAAAGGGGGCAGCUGCCAGAGUUGUGCUUGGAGACUAAAAGAGAAAAUCAAAAGUAAUUAAAGCUUUGGAGCAGGUGGAAGCAUAUAAAAUAAAAUCAAGACCAUGACACCUUGA